UAGGUAUAAUGCUUCCUCAGCAGGUUGAUACAAAUACAUCCAUUAUUUGGUAGAUUUAGCCAAACUUGAUUAGGACUAAGUCAAAGAAAUUUUAGAUUAGAGCUGAGCCACUUCCUUAUAAAAUCCCUUUGGAGUUUUGAAGUUUUAGAUCUAAGCUACGUACCUCUUCCAUUAUCCUCUUAAAUUUUCCCUCCUCUUAAAUAGAUAUGGAGGAGAUUCGCCGUGCUGCUGAAGCUUAUUAUAAGAAUCUGUCCGAGGAGAAGAAGCGAAAUGCCAGAUUUUCUUUCAAUGAAAUGGACAUAGACGGAGACGGGCGAAUUAACCCACAUGAAUACGUCGAGUAUCUCAAGAAAGAUAACAACACGGUUCUUACUCAUCCAAGCUUGUUUACAGCGCUGGACAAGGACGGCAAUGGAAGCUUGGAUUUUGAGGAAACAAUCGUCUUGUACUACAUCAUGCAGAGUGGAAGAGCUCUAUUUUGCCAGUCUUGUAAUACGUUCUUGGCAGACGUAUACUUCAGCUGCUUUCAAUGUUUCUGUCUUGAUGAGUCACCUAGCACCUAUGAUCUUUGUUGUGAUUGUUAUGGUGGAAAAAGGUUCACUCACCACGACGAUGCCAUCUUCUGGGAUAACUAUGCUUUACUAAGUCAAAGCAGGAGCUUGGCACUUGAAGCUCCCGUACAGAAGCGAAGAAAUGUUCUUAAAAAAAUUGGAAUGAUAGUGCAAGUUACAGGCAUCGUUGUUGGUGGUGCUUGCCUUGCAUCAUCCUCUAGCUGCAGCAUUAUGUGAAUGAACGAAUGAUGCGUUUUAUUAUUAUUGAUGAAGUAAUGAAAAACUUUAGACUAGAACCGCUUGGCUAUGGAAGACUAUUAUUGAUGAAGUAAUGAAAAACUUUAGACUAGACGGAGCUUUUCAUGGGCUGCGAUCUUCAGCUAUUGAAGUGACUGACUUCAGCACUAGUCCACGAGCUAUUCAUGCAAAACAAGAUUCCUAUCAAAACAUGGGAUAGUAAAGAAUGUUGGAAAGUAUAUUUAUGUACUCUAUCUGAACUUAAUUAUGAGAUUGUUGAAUGAUUAUUUAUGAUUAUUCAAUUUGUUGUACCA